AUGACAAGACAAGACAAGACAAGAUGGACCCAAAACAAUAGAACAGAAGCUAGUUUUCGGAAUCCCUACGGACGGGGGCAUUCAUGGGCUGGGCUGAAGGUUGUUUAUAACAAAGUCCAGACCAGAGCCAGAGCCAGAGGGAAGAAAGGCCCUUCCCAGUUGAGAGUACAUAGAGAAACCCCUGUCAUGACAGACCAGACUCGAGGGAGCAAAGCACACACCCAAUACCGACCGGUACGUAGGGGGGAGGGGGGUGUAGACGCAAGGUGUGCUGCAACGAUUCCGAAGAGCAAGGGAAGGGGUCGUUCUUUGGUUUUGGGAGCUGAAGAGCGGGAGGGAGUGAGAAAUGCACGCCCUCUGAACGGUGUAGCGGUGGUAUGCAGAUAUCGAGGUUAUGUCCGAGCCCGGGCUCUUGUUCAACUACCGGGGUAUCUUAAUCUAAGGCGAGCAAUAGGCCAGGACAGGGCAUGCGCAGGGCAGCGUUGGGCCCCCCCUCCAGGUCCCUUCGCUCCUAGGUCCCAAGACGAAGCACCUAGAACGACUGCUAGAACCGCUACAGUUUAG